CCUUGCGCUCGAACGCGUUCGUGCCGUACGGCUUCAACAUGGCUAACGAAGGGCCGCAGGAUCCAAAUAUAGAUUUUAAUACAUGGAGCCACGGCGAGCUGCAGGCCAAAUUGGCCGAAUUCGGCGCUCCCAACAUGGGUCCAAGAGAGGAGCUCAUAGACAGACUGAAAUCUUGUGCACAGCCUGGGAUGAUCUUUAAUAAACCAAACAUACCAGGAGAAGACAAGAGCAUGACUACGAUGCCAGGUCUGCCACCCAUGCCCCCAAUGCCCUCAAUGCCCCUGCCGCCCAGCAUGAACAUGAUGCAGGCCAUGAACAUGAUGGGAGGCCCUCCACCGAUACACAUGGCUAUGGAGCCACCGGGUAUGAUGCAGCAUGAUGACAGGGGCCCACAGGCUGUUGUUCUUCUGGAGCACGAGCGGCAGCAGGAGCUUGCUAAAAUCCAGCAGGGGCCACCGGGAGCCAGAGGACCAGAUCUGGGACCCCGGCCCAACCUCCUACCCCCUAUCCCUCCACUCAGAGUUGGGAUUCAGAGCGGUCUACCUCCUCCAGGCCUUUCAUUGGUUGCCCAAAAUCAACGGCAGAAAGUCCCGCCCCCUCCCGGAGAGGAUGGCAGAGAGUCGUGGCAGGGGGAAGAUGUCGGCAUUGGACCCAAGAUUCCUCAGGCUCUGGAGAAGAUCCUGCAGCUGAAGGAAAUGAGGCAGGAGCAGCUCAGCGUCGCCCCUACAGAGGAAGACGAUGAUGAUGAUCUCGCAGAGCUGGCUAAUGUUCACGGAUAUUCCGAUGAAGAUGACGAAGGCAGUCUGUCUAAAAAAGAUAAAAACCGCAAGCGCAGGAACAGGAAGAAGAAGAAGAAGAAGCAGCAGCGCGAGCAGGAGAAGGAGAAGCAGGACGAGGAGAAGAAGAAAGAUGAGAAGGAGCCGGAGGUGGAGAUCGAGUACGUGACAGAGGAGCCGGCCAUUUAUGAUCCCAACUUCAUCUUCUUCAAGAGGAUCUUCGAGGCGUUUAAGCUGACGGAUGAUGUGAAAAAGGAGAAGGAAAAGGAGCCAGAGAAGCCUGAGAAGCCUGAAAUCCUGUCCUUUAAGAAGAAGGGAUUCGAGCUGGAGAAGAGGGACAGCGACGACAGUGAUGAGGAAAUCAAGAAGGACUUGCCCAAGCUGUCCAAAAAGAAGCUCAGGAGGAUGAACAGGUUGACUGUGGCAGAGCUGAAACAGCUGGUGGCUCGUCCUGAUGUCGUGGAGAUGCACGAUGUGACUGCGCAGGAGCCCAAACUGCUGGUCCACCUGAAGGCCACCAGAAACACAGUCCCUGUCCCGCGCCACUGGUGCUUCAAGAGGAAGUACCUGCAGGGGAAGAGAGGUAUUGAGAAACCCCCAUUUGAGCUGCCCGAGUUCAUCAGGAGGACUGGCAUCCAGGAGAUGAGGGAAGCCCUGCAAGAGAAGGAAGACGCCAAAACCAUGAAGACCAAGAUGAGAGAGAAAGUUCGACCCAAGAUGGGGAAGAUCGACAUCGACUACCAGAAGCUGCACGAUGCCUUCUUCAAAUGGCAGAUCAAGCCCAAACUCACCAUCCACGGAGACCUUUACUAUGAGGGUAAGGAGUUUGAGACGCGGCUGAAGGAGAAGAAGCCGGGCGAUCUGUCGGAUGAGCUACGGGUGGCUCUCGGGAUGCCUACCGGACCUAACUCUCAUAAAGUUCCUCCACCGUGGCUCAUCGCCAUGCAGAGAUACGGACCUCCACCAUCAUACCCAAACCUGAAGAUCCCCGGCCUCAACGCCCCCAUACCUGAGGGCUGUUCGUUUGGGUAUCACGCUGGUGGUUGGGGAAAACCUCCUGUUGACGAGACAGGAAAACCGCUCUACGGAGAUGUGUUUGGCACCAACUCCAUAGACUUCCAGGCUAAAGCGGAGGAGGAGGAAGUGGACCGAACCCCGUGGGGAGAGCUGGAGCCGUCAGAUGAAGAGUCCUCUGAGGAAGAGGAGGAGGAGGAGAGCGAUGAGGAGAAACCAGACGAAACCGGCUUCUUCACUCCUGCAGACAGUCACAGUGGUUUGAUCACUCCGGGUGGAUUCUCCUCUGUUCCUGCCGGUAUGGAGACUCCAGAGCUGAUCGAGCUGAGGAAGAAGAAGAUCGAGGAGGCCAUGGACGGAAACGAGACUCCUCAGCUGUUCACGGUACUGCCAGAGAGGAGGACAGGACCUGUUGGAGCUGCUAUGAUGGCCUCCACACACAUCUACGACAUGACUACGACGGUGACGAGUCGUAAGGUGGGCGUGUCUGUGCUGGGCGGAGACUCUCAGGGUGUAGAGGUUGCUCUGGCCCCGGAGGAGCUGGAGCUGGACCCCAUGGCCAUGACCCAAAAGUACGAGGAGCACGUCCGAGAGCAGCAGGUGGAGAAGGAGGACUUCAGCGACAUGGUGGCAGAGCACGCCGCCAAACAGAAGCAAAAGAAGCGCAAGGCGCAGCCGCAGGACACACGCGGAGGAGCCAAGAAAUACAAAGAGUUCAAGUUCUAGAGCUGCUCGUCCUUCAGUCUUUUAUUGUGCAGGAGCACACGUGUGUAUGUGCGUCACCUUACAGUGAGCCACCUUUUUCAUUUACGGUCAAUGUUUUUGUAAAUAAAAUCCCAGUCCAUGACAAA